AUGAAUGAGGGGAAGCAGCAUAUCUUCAUGCAGCGGGUGCUGUUCAUCUUCGAAGUGACGAAGCAAAAAGCUGGCAAGGCUCAGGUGCUGCGCAUGCCUGUGUCACAAUGGGCCUUGGAGUGCGACAUUUGUUGCAUGGCCGGGUAUGUCCUGGAGCAAAUGCAGCAUCGCAAGAACUCUGACAACUUGAUUGUGUUCCCUGAGGAGACCAUCAAGUUAGUGAUGAAUCGCCUCAUUGAGGGGGAUUUCCAUGAAGAGCUCAAGCCAAUGCUUGAGGGAAGGGAUCCUGGCUUCAGCCCUGAGAUGUGUUCGAUGUGGGCCGACCAUCUCCCUGCUGCUGCUGCUCCAUCUGAUGGGUCCGAACUGGUGAAAGCGGAUGAGACCCUGGACAGCUUAACCAAGCAGAACUUCAAGCUUCAAUUUGAAGCAGAUGCCUUGGCACUGGCUCGUGAUGCUGCUCAGUUGGCUCGGCUGUAUACUGAGGAAUCCAAAUCGGAGCGAACAAGUCGAGUAGCCAAGGUGUGCCAUCUUCGACAGGAGAAUCACAUUGGUUCCACUUUGGCGGCACAGUUUAUGAGCAAUAACUGCCACCACAGAGCAGGAACUCCGACUGAGCUUCAAGAAGAGCUCAUGAAGUUUGUCACCAAGCUGAAAGCGGACAACGGGUCGUUGAUCAUUUGGCUGGACUACAUGAAGCUUGGUAGGCUUUCCACCCAGGAUCUCAACGUGACGAUGGAUUGCGUCCGCAAGGCUCUGGCCUCCAUGCCAGAACGCGGAGUUUGCUUUGCAAUCGCGCCGCACCUUGUAUCAGAUCGUCGGAGUGGGCUGCGGGCUGAAAUGAGGAGGAUCGAAGACAAAAUGGAUGCCAAGAAGUUGUAUGCUGAAAGCAUCACGCUACGGACUCCACGCGACUUGCUGCCAUGGACCCCUGAGCACAUGUACGUUGUGCCAACGGGCCGGGACGCCGUACCACAUGCAUCGGAAGGGGUCAGGUCUUUGAGUGAUGUGCAAGAGACUGCUCAACUUCUCGCUGGAGAAGCACUUCCUCAAUCCGUGAUUGCAUCCUUGCUGAAAGGCAGCGAAGCUCAUUCUUUGAUUGGGGUUGUCAACCUCACACCUUAUGAGGGGAACUUGGAGCUUUCGAUGAUCAAGAGCUCCAUUGAGAAGCAAAUGCACACCUUCCGAAGCCUUUCAUUGAGUACGGAUCUAACACUGAUCCAGCAUUGUGAGAGGGAAUGCGCCAUGUUCCUCUUUGAGGACCCCGCACUUGUGUAA